AUGAGCCAGCCUGCUAUACAUAUCGAAACGGGGCUGGUCAGGCUUCAAAAACCCAAUAACAUCCUCAAGCCCGGUGAAGAGCGGCUCUUUCCAGGCGGAGGAGGCAAGAAACACGUCGUCAAGGUGAGCUGUCGCUGUGAGGCCUCGUCCCUCCUGUGUAUGCAUCAUUCACCCGCAGAGUGGCACGUCCAGUACUGAUUGGGGUUUCGCGCGCUCCACAGCGAGCUCAAGAUGGUCAAUCGUUCAGUUGUACAUGCCCGCGUUGGACACUCUCACGGGAACCUAGAACAGCUCGUACAUGUCCUCAUCUGAAUGAUCUACAUGGAAAGAAUUACGAGGAUGCGCGCUUGAUUGCCGCCAAGGACAUUCUCGCAUCGCAAAGUAGGAAUGCCGGCUUCACUGUGACGAAGAAGACAGCGGAACAAGCAAAGAAGAGAGCGGCAGAUGCUGAGAUCAGGAACAGCAUCGCGAAGAAAGACAAGAAGGAGAAUGUGGAGCCGACGUGUCCGAGGGAUGAGCAAGGACAGGUGGGUCCACGUGCACUUGAAAGCCCUCGUCACACUCGUCGACUUUAGUCUGAGCACAUUCGGCGCCCCCUCAGAUAUCCCUCAUGCUCGGGCAGACUUUUCGUUUGGACGACAAGCUCGAUCCUACUGGCUACUGGCUGACCGAGAAGGUGAGCGCUGCAACUGCUAGCCGAUGCAAACCUCGUUAUGGAUGCCGACUUGUCGAACGCUCACUCUCCUAGCUAGAUGGUGUCCGAGCAUGGUGGGACGGAGACUCUCUCGUGAGUGCAUCAAUCUCGUGCUCUCACUGCGUCAAUCUCACAUCACCGGGGCACGCUCAGUUCUCAAGACAAGGCAAUCAUUGGAACGCGCCAGACUGGUGGCUGAAGAAACUUCCCAAAGAGUCAGUCAAGCUCUUCAGGAUUGUGUACCUGCUCAAAAAUCUGAGGCUCUAUCGUCCUUUCGUUCCGCAGUCUGCAUCUGGAUGGCGAGCUUUGGAUUCGGAGAGAUGCUUUCCAACGGACCUGUAGCAUCUGCCGACGCCAAGUACGUACCUUUGAAUCGCGCGGCGAAACAGACCCUGACCCGGCCGUCAAUCGAAUGCAGGAGAAGAAGGAUUGGCACCCGAUCAACUAUAUGAUCUUCGAUGUCACGAGUGAGCCACCGUGCCUCGACACAUUCAGCACAAGCAAACGAGUAACCGUGCUGAUUUUCGACCCCACGCAGAUGUCGCAAUGCUGUACGAAGAGCGGAUGAAGUGGUUGGCCGAAAGAUUGCCGGAUGGUGUCAUGUCCCCGUCCAAAGUACAAGGUGCGGAGCUCGGCGGAUUUGUAUGCGUUCUUCCCAUGGUCAAAUGCACUUCCCGCGAGCAUUGUCGCGAAGAGCUGCGUCGCGUAGAGGAGAUGGGUGGGGAAGGUCUCAUGCUGAGAAAGCCUCAGAGCAAGUACAUCUGCGAAAGGACCUCGAUCGUGCUCAAACUGAAGUGAGUAGGGCAGGGUCGCUACGCGGUUUCAUGAACCUCAGUUGUGGCUCAUCGUGUCUUUGUCUCGACCCUCAGAUCCUGGUACACAGCCGAAGCAAUCGUCGUUGGGCAUAAAAGGGGGGAAAAUCGAAACGCGAGCGGUGAGCAUGAGCUCGCACGCGAUGGCGGAGUAGCUUCUUUUGACUCCUUCCUCAACUUGCUACCCAGCGAUGGGCGCCAUAGUCGUUCGAAUGGAGUGCGGAACGGUGUUCGACAUUGGCUCGGGCUUCGUCGAGCAGCAGCGUCGAAUGUGGGAGCCCAAAGUGGGCACCAUCGUCACGUACCGCUUUCAAGAACUUUCGCGUGAUGGCUGUCCACGCUUUCCGAUCUUUGAAGGAUGUCGUGA